GGGGGAGGGGGCCGCGAUCCCGUCCGACACGGGCGCCGGAGGAGCCGGGGAGGCUCCGGCGGGUCCCAGCCCCUCGCGGACUCCCCGCUUCCAGUCUCGGAACGACUGAAUGAACCCUCCGAUGUGCUCGAGAGAAUGGGCUUGCAUCUCAAGUGGCCAUUAGGGGCUCGGAUGUUGGCGGCGCUCUACGCGAUGAGCGUGGUUUUGAAAAUGCUGCCCGCCUCGGGCACGGCGUGCCCCCCGAGAUGCCGCUGCGAGAACCUGCUCUUCUACUGCGACUCCCAGGGCUUCCGCUCGGUGCCCAACGCCACCGAGCCGGGCCCCCUGGGCCUGUCGCUGAGGCACAACCGGCUCUCGGAGCUGCGGGGGGACGAGUUCGCCGGCUUCGCCCACCUGACGUGGCUCAACCUGGACCACAACCAGAUCGCGGCGGUGAGGGAGGACGCCUUCCAGGGACUGUACAAGCUGAAGGAGCUGAUCCUGAGCACCAACAAGAUCGCCCACCUGCCCAACACCACCUUCGGCCAGCUGCUCAACCUGCACCACCUGGACCUGUCCUCCAACCAGCUGGCCUCGCUGCACCCCGAGCUCUUCUACGGCCUGCGCAAGCUGCGGACCCUGCACCUGCGCGCCAACGCCCUGCGGACGGUCCCGGUCCGCCUCUUCUGGGACUGCCGGGGCCUGGAGUUCCUGGACCUGAGCUCCAAUCGGCUGCGGAGCCUGGCCCGCAACGGCUUCGCCGGCCUGGUCCGGCUGAGGGAGCUGCACCUGGAGCGCAACCAGCUGACCCGCCUCAACCUGGCCCACUUCCUCCGGCUCACCAGCCUGCACACGCUCUUCCUGCAGUGGAACAAGAUCGCCAACCUGACCUGCGCCGUCGAGUGGACCUGGGCCACCCUGGAGAAGCUGGACCUGACGGGCAACGCCCUCCGGGCCGUCGACCCGGCCGUGUUCGACGCCCUGCCCAACCUCAAGGUCCUCCUGCUGGACCACAACCAGCUCGGCAGCCUGGAGGCCGGCACCUUCAGGGCCCUGGGCUCCCUGACCACCGUGGGCCUCUCGGGCAACCUGUGGGAGUGCGGCCCCGGGAUCUGCCCGCUGGCCGCCUGGCUGGGCGGCUUCCGGGGCCGGUGGGAGCACGCCGUGCUGUGCCACGCCCCGGACCACGCGCAGGGGGAGGACAUCCUGGACGCCGUCCACGGCUUCCGGCUCUGCCGGAACGGCUCCGCCCCCGCCCCGGCCGCCACCUCCCCCGCCCCGGACCGGGGCCCCACCGCGGACCCGGCCGGGCGGAUGAGCUCGUCCGGUUACCACGCGGGGGGCCGGGAGCCCCCCACCGCCGCCGCCACUCCCGACGGACCCUUCCCCGAGCCCGACGGCGCCCUCUUCACCCAGCGCGUCAUCACGGGGACCAUGGCUCUGUUGUUCUCUUUCUUUUUUAUCAUUUUUAUGGUCUUCAUCUCCCGCAAGUGCUGCCCCCCCGCGCUGAGGAGGAUCCGCCGGUUCCCCGGCCUCCAGAGCCACCGGCAGCUCCGGUCCCAGACGCGGCUGCACGCGGCCGGCGCCUCGGACCAGGGCCCGUACGACGAGUACGAGCCCGCCCACGAGGGGCCCUUCAUCAUCAUCAACGGCUACGGGCAGUGCAAGUGCCAGCAGCUGCCGUACAAAGAGUGUGAGGUGUAACGCCGCCGGGCCGCCCCGACCCUCCGGACCCGGUGGCCCCGGGGUCCGCCGGGGGCCGCCGGAUCCUUUCCGCCCCCCUCGAGGGACCCGCCGUUCACGGGCGAGAAAAAAGCGACAGCGUCGCCCGUCUGCGCUCCCGAGGCAGAGCCGGGAACGCGGUGCGGCGGUCCCGGCGUGACCCCGCCGGGCGGAAACGCGCGCCGGCCUCCACGUGCCGCUCCCGGCUUCGCGCGACGGGCCGGGGGGACGGAGACGGAGACACUCCGGCCUCUGGGGACAGAGCUCUGACGGGUAGAACGACGCCGACCGGCUCCCCUCCGGCAACCUGAUCUCACGUCUCGCCGACGGCCGAUUCACGCGACCGGAGACUCACGGAGAGGGCUCUCCUCGAGGGUAAUUUUUUUUUUUUUUUUUUAAACGGAAUCCGUCAGGCGCUUAACUACCUAUCGAGCACCGUUCUGAACGCUGGGGGAGAUGCGAGUCCAUCGGGCCACCCGCGCACCCCAUCCCACCGGGGGCUCGCUAUCCCGAGCAGGAGGGGGACGAGGUUUGGAAUCCCCGAGGCCCAGAGGAGGGAAGCGACCCGCCCUAGGUCACAGAGCGGGCGGGGGCCGGGAUCGGAAUCCAGGUCCUCCGGCUCCCGGGCCCAGGCUUCACCCGCUGGGCCAAGCCGCCUCCCCCGAUCCGGCAUCGGACCGGCAGCCGUCGACGGCGGGCGGGGAAGGGAGUUUCAAGAGUCACGACGACGCGUUCGUUUUAAAAACCCCGCGGUCCCCUCCCUCCUCGUCCGUGGCACUGCCUGCACCGAGGGGCCCGUCCCGCUUCCGCUCGCCGGCUCCGAAACCCUCCGUUCGGUUCAGCGGGCCGGGCCGCUCCGGAUUUCCGGAGCCGGGACCUCGGGGUCGUGAGCGAGGAACCGCUCCGGCGCCGAGUCAGACCUCACCGCUGGCGUUCCUUCACCUCUCGUUAUCCGGCCUUCUCGGCGUCGGCCGAGCCGGCCCCCCCUUUGUCUGGAUUUGGGCGCCCGUCCUUUCGAGUCCAAGGGGCCAGGCCUCAGAUUCCGGCUUCGAAACGGGCCGGCCUGAAGGGGUGGGGGAUGGGUCGCGGAUUCCCACCGCGCCCGCUCUGCUAAGAAGCGAGGUCGUGGUCCGUUCCCCGGGCCGCGGGUUGAAUCCAACACGCGGAGUUUCCCCGGGCCCUGUCCCGCGCGGGGCUCACAGUCUUCGCCCCCAUUUUACAGACGAGGUAAACGAGGCGCAGAGAAGUGACUUGCC